ACUGUCCCACUCUUUUUAUACAUUGUACAUAACCGGUAUUUUCCUGUGAAUAAUAAUAGGUUAUUUAUGUAGGUCACUUGGUUAUUUGAUAAUACCUGCACUCCAGUUAACGCACUUUGUAUGUAUUGGUAUACGAUUUAAAGCUGACACAUUUUUAACAAGAUAUGGUAAAAAUUGUUUUACAACAGCUUUAAAUCAGUGUUUAUUAAAAAUUGCACGGCUCUAAAACUGGCGGAAAAUUUGAGUUUAAAGGAAUUGACGAUGGAACAGAUACAGACAGCAUUUGAUAAAUCGUCAAGCAAAUUCAAAGAACCGGGAGUCAAGUUUGUCUUAAUUACUAAGGCCAAUGAAGACAUUGCUUUAAGAAUGGCACGAGAAUAUUUUAUUACACAGGAACCAAUGAAUAAAUGUCGUGGUAUGAAGUGGACAGAGGAAGUUGAAGAUUAUUGGAAGAAAGAUAUGAACACUGGUCUUUCUCUAAUGCUCUUGCAUGAUGAAGAUGAUGAUCCAAUAGCCUUUCUAACCAUCGAAAUCGUCCGAUUUGAUGACAGAUGUGAUAUUGAAGGUAUUCAAUACCAAGCUUAUAAAGACCUCGUUCGCUGCUUGGCUGAUUGUGACCGGAAUGCGGACUUCUUUGGCCAUUUUCAAACUAAGGAAGCUUUUCACUUCAUUUCUUUGGGAGUGACUCCGAAAUACGGACAACGUGGCUAUGGGACAAAGAUAAUUAACUUUGCAAUUGAUAUGGUGCGAAAUUUUGAAAUUGAUCCGGUGUAUAUUCAAGUAGAAGGUUCAUCCAAUUUUUCAAAGAAAAUUUUUGAAAGGGCAGGUAUGGAAAUCUUACAUGAGAAAUAUUUUGAAGAUUGGGAAUUUGAAGGGAGGAAACCAUUCCAGAAUACGGGCAUUCAUAAGUCUCUUUAAAUCUAUGGACUGAAAUUGUCUGCAAAAUAACAUUGUUGGUGUGAUACAGUCAUAACUUUAUUGUUAUCAGCUAUUUUAGUUACAUUACAAAAAAAGAAACCAGGCUAGUUGUACCAUAUGUAAUUUCCAAUUUUUGACUUCAGGUCCGUUUCCAGUUUAACAAUUUAUUAUAUUUUUUGAUUGAGUUCACUUUACGUGGGGCAACAUAGCAAGAAAUGGUAUUCAGAUUCAACAUUUUGUGUCACAUUUUACAUAUUCAUAUGCAUUUAUAUACAUAAGGUUUCUAUCAGUCCCAGAAUAUCUUCCGCUUUCGAUUUCAAGGGAAUGUGAGACGAGAUCUUAGACGAGACAUUUUUUCUAGAUAUGUCAAAAAUUAAUAACAUCUAAGUAUAUUUCGUACACAAAUAGAGUUUUAAACUGUCUAUAGUAGAAUAACUUAGAUUUAUUUGAAACAGUUUCAUUCCAAGCUUGUACAUAUUCGUCACGUUACGUGACGUAAUCUUUGUUUAAACAUAUAUUUCAUAUAGUUUGUAUCAAUGUUAUUUGUAUUUCAUAAAUAACUAUUCCCUAAAUUAUCUAAUAAACAUUCAUUCUUUG